AGAUAGUCUAAUAGCGAUAGUCACAAAAAAGAUUAUUUGUUAGUUAAAAUGCAUUCAAUGCGAUUUUUUAAAAUAGUAAAACACAACAGAAUUAAAAUUAUUUAAAAAAAAAUUAAUCACUACAUGAGAAUGAAAAAUUAAGAUAGUAAAUUUAAGUAAAUUUCUCUUCUAAUUCUAAACAGGGGGAAAAAUGCUACAUCACGGUGUGGUGGCGCUUUUACCUCCUGACAUGCUUUGGUGAACUAUUGAAAGGUCAAGGCUCAAUCAACCGGUAUCUGACUGUGCUAUAUUGGCGUGGUUGUGGAAUAUCUGAAGUCAUUUUCUUGUUAUUGGUCUUUAAAAACAUAACAUCAUGAGCAAAUACCAUAGGCCCGAUACUCAGACUAUUCAGUCCUUGAAAGACAUUGCAAACAAGCUUAGAAUACACAGUAUUGAAGCUACAAAUGCCAGUAACUCCGGGUAAGUAAAAGUAAAAUAUUCCUAACCAAGAAAAGACAACUCAUUUCUCAUUCAAAUUAUUGUCACUUGGACUAAAAUCGCGAUAAACUGUAGGUGCUCCGCCUAAAUAUACUGGGCAUAUAUACCUGCUUUACUAUAUUAGUACCUAGCUGUCGCGUUACUUUUGGAGGCCCCCUUUCUACUUUUUAAAUUUGUAAAUCACAGCCACAUGAUUUCACAUGACGGCACCUCAACUUUGAGCACCUUGGCCUUGCCUUUUUCUUAUUUAUGUCUUAAAUAUCUGAGGCCCUUACGGUGGCCUAACUUUAACUGUUAAUAAUCAAAUGACAAGGGUCAGAGUACUUUAUCUUACCUUAUUUAUUAGUAUUAUUACUUUUAUGAAUUUGAAUUAUUUGAUUAUUCUAUGACAAUAAUUGGCAAUGUCAAUGGAUUAUUUUGGAAAAUAACUAAGUUGUAAGUUGUUAAUUAGGUAUACUAGACGACUAGGGGCAGGGACCUAUAACUAUCGUUUAUAGGCUAUAAUUUGUAUAGACCUAAUAUAAUUUAAUUUAGAUACAGUAAUAUACGACUAUAAAGGUAGGCCUACAGUACUGAAAAGAAACAAAUAUUAGCCUAUCUUGUUGACUUUUGUGAGUAUUUUUAUCCUGAAAGAAACUAACAUACUUACUAUUAGUAUUAGUAGUAUUAGCAUUGAUUUACCACAAUAUGCAUAAUGCUGUCUUUCUCAACAUUUGAAGAUACAUUUGGGGGUGAGGGUGGGUCAGUCUGUUUUUAAUAAAAAGGGGUGUCCAAUUGAAAUAUUAAGCUUCCUUUUGGCUCCAUGCAGAAUAUAUAUAUAUAUAUUUAUAUAUAUAUAUAUAUAUUUUUUUUUUUUUUUUUAAAGCUUAAACCUAUUUAGAGGGCAUCGGGCAAAAAGGUUUGUUAACGGUGGCGUAAUUUAAGUGUUCAAGUCCAUAAUGCCUUGCUUUAGCAAGUGUACAUAUAGUUCACUCAAAAAUAUCUGGAACAAAGAUUGCUGCAGACUACAGCGAACUGAGUGGAUUUGCUUGCCAAAUGCAGGCACAGGCCUAGGUGCAUCUUCACUCUUUUAAUGUUCUUCACAAGUGGGAAUCAGGGGGUGUAAAAUUGGGUGAAUGGUACAGGUAUGGGAAGUCACUACCAAAUGAGAGUUGUCCUGGAAAGUUUCCCUGCAGCCUGUGGACCCAUUCUGUUGAUACUACUGUCAAUUCAUGUGAAGGACCCUUGCAUGACAGAACCUUCUCCAAUCUUGAAGAAAUGAUCAGAUUACCAUGCCCCCAUAGCAUUCUUGGAUGAUGGUAAGAGAAAUGCCUUCCUCUGCAGGAGAACACAUGUAUGAUUCUCAUUUAUUGAAACAGUUACUAGUCGACCAAACUUUUCCUUUCAUUAAAGCACUACAAGCAUAGCAUAAAUGUUACUUGGUGCCUACUUAUUAAAUCUCUGUCAAAAUUGUUCAUCUAAAUUGUUUUUCUCUUUUGAAAGACCCAUUUCGAGCAACAGUGGCACAACACAAUUUUAUUUUCACUACAGGGAACAGCUGGAGCUAUGCCCAUCUGCAAAGGCACAUGAACGUUCUAGAUGCAUGAGUUUCAUUUUUGUAUAUUUUAGUGGAUACCGCAUUUCGUGGAGAGUUGGCUAUGUUAUAUCAAGUAGUGUAUUGUUAUAUCAAGUAGUGUGUCAGUCUUUCUUUGAUCAAAUUUUAUUAUAUGGAAAGAAUUGGAUUAAACAUUUGUUUAUGCAUCAAGACUAUAACUUGGAAAUCACUAAUACACUCAUUACAUCCAUGGAGUCCUUACGUUAAAAUCUUCCACUGGUAAUGGUUAAACUUAAAUAGCAAAGAACUUGAAGAAAAAUUGAAUAUUGCCUCUACUGACUCUACUUCAAUAUCAAGAAAUGACAUUAUUGCAUGUUCAAGUUUCUUACAUUAAUUAAUAUGAGUAUUCGGAUUAAUAUGAUGCUUAAUUAUCAAAUUUUUAAUUUAAGACAUUUUAAAAUCAAGUGUUUUAAGUUAGAAUAGAAAAUGUAUUGAACAUUCAACAAUAGGUCAUACGGUUAAAAAGUUAUAAUUUUUUAUGCUGCAUAAACAUUACCAAAUUCUGUGUUUGUACUAGGGGUGUGCCGGACCCCGGUCCGGAAUCCGGUUCCGCCGGAUUUUGCACUAUCCGGUGAAAUCCGGUUCCGCCGGAUUUACAUGUAUCCGGAACAACCGGAUUCCGGAAUCCGGAAUAUACCGGAUUUCGGAAUUUGCCAGAUUUUGUGACUCACCGGAUCAUAAUCUGAAAUAAAAGUAAUUCUCUUUCCCGAAUUUCACACGAUCACGAUACAUUAAUCGAUUGUUUCGAGCGUUGAGCUUGUUUAAUGUUUAAUAUUCCGUACAUACCAGAGGCUAGAGUCAGCACCGCUAAUAGUGGCCAAUAGUGUAGGGACUUUGAUAAGAAAAUUUAAACUUUUUGUAAAAAUAAACCAAUGGCAUAGUUGAAAAGAUGUAAUUUUUUAAAGAAUUAUAACACCAAAAUCAUAUUUUUAGCUGUUGUAGUUUUAAAGUUAUGAAUUUUUAAAGUACGACUUGGUUUGUCAUUUUUUAACAUGGACUGCAUCUCCACAUUCUGUGAUCUCAUUCCACCAAUCCCGUCAUGCGCAAUGACUAUAUAGUUUAUAUAAGGCAACGCAUUCCCUGCCUUAUCACUAAAAUACUGUUUAGACUUAGUUUAAACUUUCAACUUUGGCACAUGAAUAAUUAAUUAAAGCUUUCCCUGACCAAUGGUUUAAUAGUUUUUGCACACGGCAAACUCUUAUGAAUGAAACUCUGAGGUAGUACUACGAUACAGUUAUGCAAGUGGCUGUGAAUGGUUGCCAAUGACAACGUGUUGCACACGGUAAAUUCUGAUCAUUUAUAAUAUGGAUUCUACCGGGUUGUUAAAGCUCAAAUUAAAACAUUCCAGUUUAAAUGUCUUUAAAUGCAUUCUGAAACACAAGUUAUCAAUUAUUUUGAUGUAAAUAGUGAUAAUAAAUUAAUAUUUCCUAAGUAUCGUCAACUUCCGCCAUUAAAAAGGGGGGCGUGGCCAACCCCAUGGCGAAAUUAGGUUGAGCGAGCUGCAUAACCUGCUGCGAACGCGUAGAAACAUGGCGUCUCUCGUAAGACACUUAUCCAAAUGGAACGGAACUCAAAUAUAUAUCGAAAGUACUAAUUUAAUAAUAAAUAGACACACACAUCGGAAAAUUAAAAACUCGGAUUUUUUGGCGCCGAUUGCGAAUUCCCAUACACAAAAAGUAGUAGUCCACCUUGACUUACCGAAGUAUCUACCAAUAGUACCAAAAUCCGGAAUCCGGGAGAAACCGGAAUCCGGAUCCGGCGGAUUUCGCAUAAGAAAAUCCGGAUCCGGAUCCGGUUGGAAAAAACGGAUCCGGCACACCCCUAGUUUGUACCUUAACAUUUUUGGACACCGUUAAAUACUGAGAUCAAUUUAAUCAAGUGUUUUUGUACUGCCUGCUUGGGACUGAGCAUGCUCAAUCAUGUCAAUAUUAAGCCAUCUUUAAAAAAAAAACAUAUUUCCAAACCAUUGUCAUGUUAAUAUUUAUUCAACUAUACUCUAGGGAUUAAAUAUAUACUCUUGACAUUAAUUAACAACACUGUUUUUCCAACUGGCAGAAAAUAUGAAAUGUAAAGAUUACUAAAAAAGUUAUAAAGAUUUAAAUAAGACCUCUCUCACCCCUGCACAUUUGCCACAAAGUAUUUAUCUACUUUUAGGGAGAAGCAAAUAAUCUUUCAUGAUACCCUGUCUUCUUAUUUCAAGUCCCAAAGUUAUGUUUUGAUAACAUCUAAGACCCAUGAUAUAAACUAUAUUAUUAUUUUUAAUUGUUCUAUCAGCCACCCGACAUCAUGCUGUUCAGCAGCAGAUAUCAUGUCAGUUUUGUUCUUCCAUACAAUGCGUUACACCAUCAAAGAACCACGUCACCCAAACAAUGAUCGCUUUGUGCUAUCAAAAGGCCAUGCAGCACCUAUUCUUUAUGCUGCCUGGGCAGAGGCAGGACUUUUCCCUGCUUCUGAUCUGCUGGAACUUCGCAAACUUUCAUCUGAUCUUGAAGGUCAUCCGACGCCUGUAAGUAUGUUAAAACUUGUAAGAAAUUAAAGGAAAAUAAAUUAAAAAGCUAUUCUUUUUUUUUUUUAAAUUAUAGACCUAAGCCAUUAUUAAUGUAUUUGUGUUAUACAUAAGUAUUUAAGACACGACUAUAGGUUUUACAUUUUGUAUUCAUGGUAAACUGUCACCAAUUUCACUACUAGCACUAAUCUUACACAUUGUGCAAUAGGGUUAUUUUAAAAUUAAUAUAAUGCAUAAUUUGACAAUUGCCAAAAAAAAAAACAACAACCAGUACUGUGUUUGCAGGAAUCUUUUUUUAGGAUUUCCCUUUAUGCUUAAAAGUCUGUAAUUUUGCAGUUUUUUUUUUUUUUGACUUGUUCCCCAUAUUGUUAAUUGAAUAGUUUCAUUGCAUUCCUUGUAUGCCGGUAACUAUUUAUUUACAGAGACUUAACUUUGUUGAUGUAGCCACAGGGUCCCUUGGCCAGGGCUUAAGCUGUGCAGCUGGUAUGGCAUAUACUGGCAAAUACUUUGAUAAGGCUGAGUAAGUCAUUAAUUUGUUUCAAAUAAAAUUUAAAAGUUAUGCUUCGGGUAUAGAUUUUUUACCAGCUGUAGAUUGAAUCCUAGUUAUUUAAUUAAAUUUUACAAAAGAUAUACUGCAUUGUUCCAAGUAUAUGCCAUUUUUUUCCCCCCAAAACUAAUACAAGCUGAUUUCAGAUACCCAUAUAAGUAUAGAUAUUCUGAGAGUAAAUUGGACAAGGAAUUUUGUGUUAUGUUGGAAUUCUUUAAGCUAUGUGAAAUGAAUAUGACCUUGUCCUUUCUACAGUGAGUACAAUUGUGCUGACUGUUGGGUCCUUUUUAUCAUCUAAAUAAGUUUUUCAGCCCCAUGAAACAUUAUUCUUUCAGUUUAAACAACAUAAUAAAGUUAUUUGAGAUUAUACAUCUUUAAAAAAAAAAAAUCAUUGGUGACCUACAUAUUUCUUUUUAAAAUUCCUCACUAGUUCAUUAGAACAGUAUUUUUCAUUCCUUCAACCUGUAACACUUUGACAGCAACUAUUAGUGCUAGCUCCACUUUCGUAAUUAUCACUACCAUGAGUGAUGCCAACAAAACUUGUCUUCAAAAUCACUCUACUAUAGAAAUAAUUCAUAUAAAUUAGGCUUUUGUUUUCAGAGCCAACAUCUGAGUCUUAUAAGCUAGUUUUAAAACUAAAUGAAAACUGAAAAUUUAGGCUGGAUUCAAAAAUUAAAAAAAAACUUGUGAACACAUGAAAUAUUAACCUAAGUUUUCUAUAAAAACAUAAUUGUUAGAGUUACCCCCUUUUAAAAAAUUGGUAAAACUUCUAAUUCGCAUUUAUAGUAUUAAUGUUAGUAGAGGACGAUUAUUUCGGCUGUAACACCACAGAAGCUGAUUGCAUAUGAUUGGCCAUUAUGAUAGUUCAUGAGUUAAACUAGGGCUAUUGUCUACAAGCUAAGUUACAAAAAUAAAAUUUUAAGAAUAAAAAUAAUGGUAUAUGUGACCACAGAGCUGUUAGAGCAAGGCCUGCUGCUGCAAGUGGCUUUAGAUAGUUAAGGGCACAAAGUUCUGAUGUGGACAAACUUAAACUAUCAACUUUGAAUUCAGUGGGAUAAAAAAAACCUAGAAGGGGCAGGUGGCUUCCAAAACUCAUGCGCCAUCUCUGUGUGAACACCAAACCUAAGAACACAGCUAAUAAUCAUGUGCAGCCUAUACUUGGAACGAUGCAGCAUUUGAACUUCUAAGUAGUUAAUUAAAUGCCAAUUAUUUUUUAUGUUGUUAGCUACCGUGUGUACUGUCUCAUUGGUGAUGGUGAGAGUGCUGAGGGUUCCAUCUGGGAGGCCCUUGCCUUUGCAAGCCGUUAUCAACUGGACAACCUUGUGGCCAUAUUUGAUGUAAACCGUCUAGGUCAGAGUGAGGCAACAAGUCUUGGUCAUGAUUUGGAUGUGUACAAAGCUAGAGUAGAGGCAUUUGGGUAGGUAACAUGUUUGAUAUCAUUUCGAAUCAUUUAAAUAAUUAUGAAAUUGUAUGUUGAUUUCAUGUUGGCACCCUUAAAACUAUAAAGCUAUUCUACAUUUUAGUUACUGAUGGUUCUAUAUUUUAGCUGGAAUACAUAUGUGGUUGAUGGCCAUGAUGUAGAAACAUUGUGCAAAACCCUGUGGGAGGCCAGUCAAGUCUCUGGAAGGCCAACAUGCAUCCUUGCUAAAACAUACAAAGGACAGGGUAUUCCAGGUAUUGUCAUAUUGUUAAGAAAAUAUGCUUGUACCAAAAGACUGGAGAUUUAAAAAAUAGCAGAGGGUAGCUACAUAAAAGUUAACAUAUUGAAUAGGCCAAAUGUGUGCGGACACUAAAAUAAUUGGAUAAUGUUGAUUGUAGGAAAUUAAAUGCAUUUAUUCAAUAUAUUUUAAUAGUAUAUUAAUACAUUCUUAAUUGAACUUACUUUUAAAUAAAUGGUCUAAUUCAUCUAGUCAUAUUUAUUAUAUCUCUAAUAGGUGUUGCCGAUGUUGAGAACUGGCAUGGCAAACCUCUUGGAGACAAAGCAGAGUCUGCCAUUGCAGCCAUCAAAGAGAACAUGGCAAACACUGGCCCUCAUAAACUGAUUGCCCAACAGCCAACACUUGACUUAUCACCUAUUAACACAAAUGUUCAGCUUUCCACACCACCUUCAUACAAGCUUGGAGAAACUGUGAGGCACAUUGGAUACCUUAACAUUUUUUCUGAUAAAUUUGUUUUAAUUAUUAACUGUGCUAACAAGGGACUAGUAGUAUCAAAGACCUGUUCCUGUUUUAAACAUAUUAAAAUAUAUGAUUUUCUUUUGAAUUGACUGAUAACUAUGAAUUUUUUUUCUCUAUAAUUAACAUUUUGACCAUUUUAUUUAAGGUUGCUACCAGACUGGCAUAUGGAACAGCCUUGGUCAAACUAGGAAAAUCAAACCAACGAGUAAUUGCAAUGGAUGGUGACACCAAAAAUUCAACAUAUGCUCAAAAGUUCAAGGUCAGUUUCUGUGUGGUUGUGUAUUUAAACUUAAAUAAGUUUCAACCUGUCACAGAUACCUCAAGUCCAAUAACUCCAUGUUUUUUUAUAAUUAAGCUCACAAAUAAACGUUAACUGUUAAGGCUUGUAAUAUUUCCCUGGCUGUCCCAGCUAAAUAUGCAGCCUCUGCUUUAUUACAUUCAAUUAAAUGUGGUGUUCACUAAAUUCAUGAUUUUGCAGGAUGCGUUUCCAGAAAGAUUCAUUGAAUGUUACAUCGCUGAACAGAAUCUUGUUGGUGUUGGAAUCGGGUGUGGCACACGAGAUCGCACCAUCCCAUUUAUUAGUACAUUUGCAGCAUUUUUUACUCGAGCUUUUGAUCAAAUCCGGAUGGGGGCCAUCUCCCAAACCAAUGCAAACUUUGUAGGCUCACAUGCUGGUGUUUCUAUUGGUAAGGAUUUGAUAAUGUCUCAAUUGGUAAGGAUUUGAUAAUGUCUCAAGUGAUAGUGUUGUUGCAUGUGAUGAAAAGGUAAUGGUGUAAUCAGGGUGGCUGUAAUGUUCCUUCCCCUUUCUUUUUUUAAAAUAAUAUAUAAAUUACAGAUGUCUUCUUUAACCUUAACAUUAAGGCUUUUAUGGAAAUGUUUAUUGCUUUGUUCUUUAAUUAAUAAGCUGCACCCACAUUCAGUUUACAGUAGGACUUAGCAGGUUUUAGGCCAUAGGUUUCUGGGAGUAGGUCAAAGGUUUUACAUGUUUUAAACUAAAGCAGCGAAUUACAAUACUGAAUAAAAUGGAACACAUAUUCUAAAGGGAUGAAUGCAGAAUCAAAUUUUGCAUAGCUAUUUUUCUGUAGAAAUGUGGAUAAAAAAAUGUCCAUCAAAGACUCCAUCUUACCCUGUAUCUAGCAAUCUUUUUAGUUUUACUUUCUUCAAAUCCCUCUUUUUGAAUGUCAACUCCCUGUUCUACUGGAUUGGUUAAUUCAUUAAGUUCUUUCACGUGUUGAUAUACGUCAUACUAAAAUUGAAUAAAGUCCUUUAUCACAAUAAUUGUAACUUUAAUAUCUUAUUAUUAACACAGGCUGUAAACUUCAUACACACACAAAUGUAGCGCAGCUCACUAAUCAGACAGAAAUAACAAGAGUUCUAUAAACAUUAGUGUUAUUUUUAUGUUACUGAAUGCCUAGUAGUUUACUGUAAAUUGAUGGAAUUCCAUUAUCACAUUUUGGGGGUUAAAACAUGUUCCCAUGUUUAUGAGCCAUUUUUUAAUAUAUAAUUAAAAUAGGUGAAGAUGGACCUUCUCAAAUGGCUCUUGAAGACAUCGCUAUGUUCCGCACUAUUCCUGGUUCUACUGUCUUCUACCCAUCGGAUGCUGUUUCUACCGAGAGAGCUGUUGAGUUGGCUGCCAAUACAAAGGGAGUCUGCUUUAUCCGAACAAGCAGGCCUAAUGUGCCAGUUAUUUACAGCAAUGAAGAGCCAUUUGUGGUUGGCAAAGCAAAGGUAAACAAAAAGUGACCUGUAUAUCAUUAGUAACUUAUGGAAUCUAUAUUGUAUUAUAGAAGUAAGUAUUUUUAAUAUUAAUAAUGGAGAUCCACACAUAAUUUAAGGUGUGUUUUGACCUAGAUCAAAUAGUGAUUCCAGAUGCUACAAGAAAAGAUUAGAAGUCACACAUUUUUUUGUUGAUUUAAAACAUAUACAAGAGAACAAAAGAUGCAUUAAUUUUGAUCCUCAAAAAUUGUUUAUAUUACAUAAAUUGCUUGUCAAAAGACAAGCUGCUUAGCAAUGAUCAAAAUUUAAAAAAAAAGAACUAUUUUUCUUUGGAAUUUUAUCUCCCAUUUGUUCAUUUAGGGGGCACCCAUACAUUAUGUACACACUGAGGGGGGUUGUUGAUUUAUUGAGAUUUUUGUAUUUGGCAGUGGGGUGAGCCUUUUCAGAAAGUAUGUACAUUUAUAGAACAAAGUUUGCAAAAUCAUCCUGAAAUUCAUUCUCUAAUAUCUCUAAUAAGCCUGCUGUUUCCACAAUUUCUAAUAUUUUCAAAAAGUCUGUAAAAAUGUUACCACAUUGUUUUGUUUUUAUCAUCAUACUUUACUUUUGCUCUGUGUUCUUGCAAAUAACUUGCCAGAUUUUGCAACAGAAUAUUUAGCCUACUGUGGUCCAGGGUGCUAGUGACAUAAUUUGUAACAUAAUAAUUUCAUUAGGCUGAACCAAAGAGAAAAAAAAAAAAAAGGAUGAAAAAGGGGCAAAUUUAACCUGCAACAAAAUUUUUAACACUUUAUGACAGUGCAGGCUUUUCAAAAAUUUUUUUCCCCCAUGCUCAAACUGAACACCUGAAAAGUUUCUUAACCACCACCCCUUCACCCCUUUGGUUGAGGCCUAAAAGGUCUCCAUGCAACGGUAAAGGACAUUGAAUUCAAAUUUAAAUUUAGUUCCCUAUUGCUACUAUUAGUCCUUAGAUAAAACGCACUAUAAGUGAAAUAUAAUUGUAUUCCCAUAUGUGACAAUAAAAGUGGUUCACUUAAAGAUAUUUGUUGUUUGAACAUCACACAUUGCCCGCUUGGGAACCUCAGAUACUUUUCCUUUAUCCCAGAGGAGUGACGUGGCUGGGGUUAAGCUAGGGUUUGUGACACAGGAUAAAAAUAACAACCACACUAACAACUCUGCCAUUGUCUGAAAAUGCAGCACCUCCAUAUAAAGAAAGAAAUAAAGCCACCGCCACCUCUUUCUACACCUUUGUCCAUUAGACUAUAUGGCCUCCUAUACCACACGCUAGGAAACACUGGUUUACUAGGACUUGACUUCAUUUAAUUGCCUUGUAUGUCUUACAAGUUCAUGAAUAAAUUGCUUUUCUUUGUUUUUAGAGUAUAACAUGGCUGAAUUCCCUUAAUUUCAAGGUCAUUUAGUGCAGUGGUCCCCAAAUGGCAGUCUGUGGACCUUCAUCGGUCCGCAUGACUAACGCUGGCUUUCCCCAUAACAUAAAUAUUUAUUGUCAAAUAGAAAUAAAAGUAUAAAAAUAAAUCAUGCACCGGUCCCUGGUAAAAUUUCGAAACUUGUUCACCAGUCCGCCAAACUUAAAAGUUCGGGAACCACUGAUUUAGUGUGUCGAAGAUGUUGAAAUAAGUAAAAAGAACUCUUUGUAACAUUGUAUUUUCUCAUCUUCUUUUUUCAGAUAGUUAAAUCUAGCUCAUCUGAUCGAGUAACUGUGAUAGGGUCCUGUGUCACUCUUUAUGAAGCCCUGAGAGCCGCAGACACAUUGGCAGAGAGCGGCAUCAAUAUCAGAGUGAUUGAUCCUUUCACCAUUAAACCCAUUGAUGCUGCCACCAUUAUUGCCAGUGCCCAGGAGACUGGUGGGAAGAUCAUUACCGUUGAGGAUCAUUACGCUGAAGGUCAGUCUCCUAUUAAAAUAGGAUGAAGCAAAAUGUGUUGGAUUAUUUGGAGAAGAGGACACAUGACAAAGGGGGCACAAAAAACAACUUGCAGUGCAAUUGGAAGGUCUUGGGUGCCGCUGACCUGUCUCUCCUUUUGGGGCUAAGGUGGGAGCUGUCUGUAUUGACCUGAUUCUGCAGCUUCUGAGGAAUUGAUUUCUUGGCAGAUUGGCCAGUACAUGAUUGCCCAAUCAUGUGCUCCUAGGGCAACUAAUUAAUAUUGCAAAAGAAGAAUGAAUCAGUUUUUCAGCUUGCUGAAGGUUAACACUAUACCCCACUCUCAUUAGGUAGUUGAACCUGAAAUUUAAUAUCCAUGCCAGACAUUUCUAAAGAGUUUCACCUGACAGAACUUAUCAAUUUUGUAUUUUAAAAAAUAUCUCAAUAAACAAAAAGGUUAUUUGAUUAUAAAAUUUGCUGAAAAAUCAACAACAAAAUUUUUUACAUUAUGAAAAAGUGGCAUUUUUAAAGUCUAGCAUGGAGCCCUAACGUCUUUUUAAUUUUCGUGUCUUUUCAUUCCAUGCCUAUACAUCUUGUUCCGAUAUUUGCAUCACAUGGUUUGAAUGAGUGUCUCGUGCAUCAUCCUUGAUUGGCUUGAUUGGCUUGAUUGGUUCAGAGUUGGUUGAAUCAUUCAGUAUUUUUUUAUUGCUUCAUCAAAUAUAACUGCUAAAUGUUUGGAAAAGAAAGCAAAAUAUACAUAUAAUGAACUUUUCAAUAUGAAAUUAUCAGGAGCGGACUUCUGAAUGUUAUUGGAAUUGAUUGAAGUGAAGAACAUUGUUAAAGUUUUUUUCAUUUUAUGUGUUCUAAAUGCAUCAUUUCUUUCAACAGGUGGUAUUGGUGAGGCAGUUGCUGGUGCUGUUAGCCAACAACCCAACAUCAUAGUCAAACGUUUGUUUGUCCCUGAAAUUCCAAGGAGUGGGAAGUCUGAGGAGCUUAUGGAGAAAUAUGGCAUCAGUGCAGCUUGCAUUGUCAAGGCAGUGAACAACAUUCUCUCAGUUUAAUAUCUUAGCUCAAGAAACAUUCAUGUCUUUACUCCAAAGCUGGGAUAUUUUUAUUUAUUUGUGGACCACAGGAAAGUUUAUGUAAAGGGAUGAACUGUUAUAUUUUAAAAUGUUAUUUUGUCACUUUUUCAUAAUUUCAAACUUUUAUUUGCAAUAGUUUUAACAUUUUCAGUUGUUUUUUUUUCAGUUACAUCAAAAUUUCUUGCUAAGUUGAAUACUUAGUUAAACACAUUUUUGGGCUCAGUAUUCUAUUUCUUUUAAUAUUUUAUAAUAUAUACUUUCUUCCUAUUCCAUUUUCUUAAGUAUAUAAAUAUCUUUAAUAUAGAUAAAAGUAACCAUUGGGGCUGUACCUAAAUUAUAUUGUGUGCACAUUUUGUACAAUACAUGUUUUAUCCAAUGCAAUGGUGUAUCAGCAGAGGUCACAGAAGCAGGGAGUUGUAUUUGCUUGAGUUUGAAAGCUUAAGAGCAAAGGUUCUAUGAAUGUUCAGCCUCAAGUCACAUUAUUUUUUGUUUGUUUCUGUCAUUAGAAAUAAUGUGAAAUUUGAUAUAUUUGAUCUGUAUUCAUUGGUUACCAGUAGUGUACAGUACACAUAACUCUGGCUUGUCCUGUAACCUAUGUUUGUUAUUUGUUGGUCCGAGUUGUUCAGAGCACCUAGUAAUCUCAGUAAAGGCUUAAGAGGUGUAGAAAUGUAGUUUGUUGCAUAUGGUAUCUCGCACAAACAUCUUACUUUCCACCUUUUGAUUCCAUACAUUGGGUUAGAAAAAAGAGGCUUAUUUUGAAAGAUGUUAGUUUAUAGUUGUAUCCUUUUCUUUCGUUUAAAUCUGUUUAAUCAGACAUUUGCGUAUGAUAUUAAUACAAUGUGAUUUGGAAGUUUUCUUUGUGAUUUUUUUUCAUGCUUAAAAAUUUUGUAUUUUUUAAAUGUGUAAAGAAUUUUUCUUCAAUUGUUUGUUAGCUGAAAAGUGUAGACAUCUUACAAAGUAAUGUUAAAUAUUUUUGAUGGAGGAAACUUUUUUUUUCUGUAAUCUUUUUUGCUAUAUUAAAAUUUGUUGACAAG